AUGUUGCGAGAAACACUUAGUAAAUUACAACAAUCUGAUACACUAACUGUAAUUCAGGUAAGGCUACAUGAGAUAUCGACCAUUUAAAUCCUUUUAUACACGCACUAUUCCAAAGAGUACAUCAUAAUUUUUUUUAUAUGGUAUAGUUAAAUACGAAAAUAAAUAUAUCGUCGCAGUUUCGUGCUAUUCCACCUUUCAUUUCUGUUCUUUCUUUUUACUAGUCUUUAAUGAUGGUGUUCAUCAACCUAAUGUACUAUCGACUUCAAGACACUCUUAACUUCCUUUCAAACGUACCCGAUCCUUCUGGGAAAUCUGCUCUGGAUUUCGUUGUCAAUAUAUGGUGCACGAGACAACAGGAAUUCUACGGCACCUACGAUUCUAAAGUUAGGUUGGUGUGACGUAUCUCUCUUCUUACAGUUACUUCAUACUGGUAUACAUCCAUCAACAUUUGCCCUCUGGGCAUUCCUAUAUAGAAAUGCCAGUUGAGGCCCAAUUUGCACUUGUUGAAUGGCUGUUCAUAAAUCUUCACUCCUGUGCAUAAAACGUCAAGCCAUGUCAAUUCUACCAAAGCCAGAUCUCAGCAACAUGUUACUCUUGAAAGCAAAAAAAAAAAUAGAAAUCUACGUACAAUUUAUAUAUAUGGUACUGUACAUAUUGCAAACCGUCUUAAUAAUUCGUAAUUUAUAGAGGUUCGUAAUUAUAGAGGUUGAGAUUUGACUUCCACUGCCGCUACCACCAUAACCAAUCAGAUGCUUUUGAUAUAUCCGAUUAACCAAUCAGAUGCGUUUGAUAUAUCCGAUUAACCAAUCAGAUCCGUUUGAUAUAUCCGAUUAACCAAUCAGAUGCGUACUAAGCCAGUGAGAGGUAACAGUAGUGGAAGUCAAAUCUGAACCUCUCUAUUAAUUUUUGAAACAUAUUAUUGUUAAUAUAUUAUUGAUAUGUACAACAUGGUUUUAAAAUGCUUGGUCAAGGUUAAGAGGUAGCGCCUAAUCGAACCGUAAAAAGAAUCUAAACAUCAUGGCUAAAACUCUCCCUUAUAUUGGUUUCGCUUCCAUGUUGGUAGCUCAGGGGAAAGUGCUCAGAUGAAGCCAAAUGUUUUGAAUUUUAUUGAGGUUAGCCUCUGAAAAUGGUGCAUUUUAAAAACUCUGUAACUUAAGGAGAAAUAUUGUCAACCCAAAAUCGUUUCUUAGCUUGCACCCGCGUAGUAGCGAUGUAGUAAACAUGUGAAAAUGCCAAUAUCGUAGCUUUAUAGUAUGGAUUUUUAGAAUUUGUCACAUGAUCACCUAGUAAAAAUGAUCUGUUGUGAUAUUGACUAUACUGUACAUGUUUACAUUCUUCUCGUUCUAUACCUAGGAUACUUUCAAUGUGUAAAUUACUGGAACAUACAAUAAAUAAUGGAGAUAGGAGACUUAAUGAUAUCAUCGUGAAUGGAGAGAGACGUGUGGAUCAUGAAACUGGUAUUGUAUAUAAUUUUAUACUUGUUUAUUUCAGACGUUAUUUUGCUCGCUACUCUGGUUUAAAUACAGUAGUGCAAUCUCCAAACAAACAUUUACAAGCCAACAUUUCGACUCUUCACUCUAGUGUCUUCGUCAGGGGUGAUCUAAAGUCGCAAUGAUGACGUUAUCACCCAUGCAUUGGGGUGAAGAAAGUCACUAGCGUCUUAUAAUACGAGUUAUUACUCGGUAGUCAUCCCUCAUUUUCUUUCCUAUUUAUUGAAUCCAAUAGAUAUUUACUCAAUGUAUUUUUCCCACAGGCAUUAGAACCAGAUCGAAAGCUGCAAAACGUAAGUUUAAAAUAAAAAUUGCCUUUAUGGACAGACCAAACUACAGUUUAGUUGUUUCCUUCUUGCCGUGUAUUUCCAUUUAUUCAUUACUGAACCUAACGGCUUGUCCUGUGAACAUUGGGGAAGGGGGGAUAAGGAGUAAGAUGGGUGUAAAGGGGUCAUUUUACGUUACGAAAAAGAGGAGGGGCAAGAACUCUUUUUCUACUACUUCCAGUUUAUAUGCAUACUAAAGCUGGAGUUACACGAGCAACAAAAUUGCUGCAACUUGCAACAAAAUCUGAUUUCAACGCAUGUUAAGUAGAAAUGUCGGCACAUGUUGCCUUGUGAUUUGUAAUUUAUGUGUAAACAUUUUCAAUUAACAUGCGUUGAAAUCAGAUUUCGUUGCAAGUUGCAGCAAUUUUGUUGCGCGUGUAACUCCACCUGAAGGCCUGUUCAAACGAGCCCCUGAAGCAUGUUGGUCGAACAUCAUCCAUUGCAAUCCUGGAAAAAGUUGGGAUCUUGUUACCAAAGAAGAUUGAGGAACUUUUUCAAUAGAUGAUUCCAACUAUACACUAAAUUUUGAUCCAGACAAGAAGGACGAAAUCUAUCAUUAUAGCAAAUUUGGUUGCAAAAUGUUGUAAAAUACAGAAAAUAUAGCCCUGUGAAAUUAGCAAAUCUUGAGUAUUUUAUUAUGCGCGGAAAAAUGCGCCACUUUUGAGCCGAAAGUAAUCCCGCAUGUAAUACUAAAAUACUCAAGAUUUGCUAAUUUCACAGGGCUAUAUUUUUUCGUGUUUUACAACAUUUCGCGACCAAUCUUUGCAAUUUUACUCAUUUUAAAGUCCAUAUACACUCCGGACGCGAUUCGACAACGCGACGCGAUUUUUCAAUUUUCACUGACCGAUAACUUUGAUCCUAGUUUGAAUUUUCCAAAUAUUUAGAAGCGCUAUAACAUUUUGAGUUAUUUGUUCUACAUAUCCUUCAAAAUUUUGCUCUCAUUUGCUGUUUUAUUAACUUUCAAAAUUAAAACAUCGCGUCGCGUUGUCGAAUCGCGUCCGGUGUAUCUGGACCUUUAGGCUUUUUAUUCAGUGAGUUUAUUUUAUUUUAUUUGACAAUCAAGAUAAAUGACAGGUUAUACCCACAGAGCUGAACACUCCUUUACGGGUAACCUUAACUAUUAUACAGAAUACAUAUAUAUAAGUGAUAAUUAUUUAAAACAACACGAUUUAACAGAAAGAGUAGACAAGGGACGACAUGAAUGACAUUUAACACAGAUUGUUUUGAUAGUUUGUGGCACACCAAUGUCACAAAUUUCUUCAGAAAUUUUCUAAUAGUGUUUAAAGAGAUUACAUUUAAGUUGAUUAAUUGAGAGAUUUGGUUGACGUAAAUCCGAUGGUAAACAGUUAAAUGUCCUAGAAGAUCUGCAAUUAAAACUGUUUUGAUAUGUUAAUGUAUUUGCACGGGGAAUAUUUAAUGUUAUUUGAGCUGUUCCACUGUUUUCCCUGGUCACGCGACAAGUUGUGUUUAUUUGGACGUUUUUCUUUAUUUGGACGUUUUUCUUUCUUUCUUUUUUUCUAACGUUUUUGUGUUUUUUUGCAGAACCUGAAAAGUGGACGCAAAUCCAAGCACCGUUAAAAUUUUAUAAACUGAUUGUGGAUGAAUUGUCAAAUUUAUAUCCGAACAGUGAUGAUGUUGAAGAAGGUUCGGAUGAAGUGAGUGAUUUGAUAAAUACGGCAAGAUUCGCCAACUGCACUAUACAGGCUCUAUUAGGGGUAUCGGGAUACAGGAUAUUUAAUGGAAAAUUCAUAGGGAUACGGGAUCAUUGAAGCUGAAAUUCAUGGACAAUGGUGUACUGGAACCAUAAGAUUUGUAAAAUAAUAUAUAAAACAAGUACAGAAUAAGAUACUGUCAAUGUCUGCUUUUGAUAGGCAAAGGCAGAUAAAGCUAAACAUAGGUAAAACGUUCAUUAAUAAUUGGAAAUGAGGCGCAUUUCUUGUUUUUGCGGCUCUCUUUGCUUCCAGAAGUGCGACAGUGCUCGAAUUUUCACAUCUGAACCAGCGUGAUUGCAACGAUUAAAAUCCCUGGCAACAGGCUGGUUAGCAUCAUUGCCAAAGUCUUCACGCCGGCGCUCACCAAUCCUUGUCCUUAACGGUCUUGCAGUUUCCACAAAAUAAAGUGUGCUACAUCUACUGCAUGAGAUGCAGUAGUUGAGGUACACGUGAAAUUGUGCUUGACAUGGUAUUGCGAUUUUGGUGCCGAAAUGGUGGUUGCAGAAUUGAUACCUUUGCUUUUGAGCUUUUUCUCGUUGUUGGUGACGUUAGUACUGUUUAUACUUUAAGGGCCACACGUAUGAUCAUGAAAACGAAGCUGAAUGGAAAUAAAUACAUGAAUCAGCCCUAUUUGUAUCAACAUACAAUGUAUUUAGUUCCGAUAGUACAAUGUCUGGAAAGUCACACCUGUAUGGGAAUAAUUAUUCAUGGGCUUCGGAUCCCGUCCUUGUGUUACUCCAAAUCUCAGUUUUUCUACACUCUCAAAUUUCGUGAAUACUUUACGGCUCACAUUUGAUGCAUAUAUGUGUUUAAAUAAUAGCCUAUCAGGAUUUUAGGGUUUUAAAGGUAAUUGUUAUUAAAGCAAAGCAUAUAGCUAGUCAUAAAUUGCCCCUUCUCACCCCGACCCCGCCUGGAUCACGAGUAUCCAUGGCUGGUGAUAAAUUGCCCCACGAAUAUCCGGCGGGGAUGAUUAUAUUCUCCGAAAUUCUUCACUAGGACGAUGAGGAAUGGGAUGACGAAGAAGACAUGAGCGCCGGUGGAGCUAUGAAAAAUUUACUUGGAUCCGUUUUUGCUCCAGCUGCAGAUUUUCCGGGUAAGAUAAUUGAAUUUACUUUAAGAAUAUAACCGAUCCUGGAUUAAUCAGGACCGCAGGUUCGAUUCCUGUCAGAGGGCCUGUAAUUGUAUUUUCCGCAACUGCUGGUUAGGUCUACAAAGUGUAUAGAAAUUUAUGUUCGAAAAUUCCGUCUACAAAAACCCAUCCACUAUCGAUUCAAGAUAAGCCAUUAAAGGCCAAAACAUUUGGUAUAUUUGAUUUAAACCUUCAUGUGGUGUUAGCAUGUACCCACAGUACAAAAAUUCGUUUUGGCAUAUUGCAAAAGUGAGGCCGUCAAAAGAAUAUAGAUAUCCAUGUCACGAUGCGACCCAGAAUUUACGACCGAGACUAGCAAGACAAACAACUUCUUCUUUUUCAAAAUUUAUUUGAAUUCAGUGUCUUAAUCAAUUUACUAUUCUUAAGAGCCGAAUAUAGAAAAUAAGAAUAUUUACAUAUUUACAAAUAAUAAGAAAAACUUGAAUUAUUGUCGAUUCAGAUUACUUUUCAAAGCGCGGUUCCCAAGUUUAUCGUCAACUUGCCAAUUACGUUUCCAAAUUCGGAAGUUGGGCGUGAACUUCGCAACGAAGUUCGCAAGUUCAUUUCAAAGUUCGAACUUCGAUUGUAAACAAAUGUAAAAAUUUCAUUUAUAAAUUUAUUUAAAAAGGCUAUUUCGUCUUGGGAGACCACUGGACCAAUAUGUUAUUGCAGUAAUAUGUGCAUAGGGCCUUAUAGAGUAAUUUCAACUCCAACUGUGAACAUUUGUUUACAAUCAAAGUUUGAACUUUGAAAUGAAGUUGCGAACUUCGUUGCAAAGUUCACGCCCAGCGUCCGAACUUGACAACGUGGCAAGUUCGCAACGAACUUGGGAACAGCGUGUUGAAAAGUUACCUGAAAUCGACAAUAAUUUGAAACUGAGAUGUUUAUCAAAUUAUGGCUUGUCAAGCCCCUUUUGAAAGACGGCAAGGUUGCUGUAAAGUUUCAAAUCAGCUGGUAGACCAUUCCAUAGUUUAGCUGUAGCAGAUAAAUUUUUUUUUCAUAAAUUCAGUUUUUGGUUUAGUCAAUAAUAUGUAAUUACUCCGCAGAGAAUAUUUGUUCGUGUCAGAGCUAUAAGAAAAGUGUUUUUUGAGAUAUGCUGGAGCUAAGUCAUUAAAAAUUUUGUACAUCAUAAUGCACUUAUGAUUUAAUUGUUGAAUGAAACACAAAACGUUUGGGCUUUGGACCUAUCUGACCCGAAAACUUUGAUAAAAUUAGAAUGAGGUCCAUUUUCGCUAGAAAUAUGAAAACAAUAGACUAGAUGUUUCCAGUGAUACAGAGACAAAAAUUGCGAUCUGACCGGUCAGGCCAUUAAAUGGAAAGCACCCUAGGAUAGACCAUCCCUAGGAUAGACCAGAUUUCUUAUUUCACUGGAUCUGACUUUUUGCUGUUGAAUUGUUUGCUAAUCUCUUGAAUGAGAAACUAGCGUGUUGAAAAGUUACCUGAAAUCGACAAUAAUUUGAAACUGAGAUGUUUAUCAAAUUAUGGCUUGUCAAGCCCCUUUUGAAAGACGGCAACGUUGCUGUAAAGUUUCAAAUCAGCUGGUAGACCAUUCCAUAGUUUAGCUCUAGCAAAUAACUUUUUUUUUCAUAAAUUCAGUUUUCGGUUUAGUCAAUAAUAUGUAAUUACUCCGCAGAGAAUAUUUGUUCGUGUCAGAGCUAUAAAGAAAAGUGUUUUUUGAGAUAUGCUGGAGCUAAGUCAUUAAAAAUUUUGUACAUCAUAAUGCACUUAUGAUUUAAUUGUUGAAUGAAACACAAAACGUUUGGGCUUUGGACCUAUCUGACCGGAAAACUUUGAUAAAAUUAGAAUGAGGUCCAUUUUCGCUAGAAAUAUGAAAACAAUAGACUAGAUGUUUCCAGUGAUACAGAGACAAAAAUUGCGAUCUGACCGGUCAGGCCAUUAAAUGGAAAGCACCCUAGGAUAGACCAUCCCUAGGAUAGACCAGAUUUCUUAUUUCACUGGAUCUGACUUUUUGCUGUUGAAUUGUUUGCUAAUCUCUUGAAUGAGAAACUAGCUGUUUAAUUAAUUAUACAGUGUGCAUGUAUAAAAAAGUGAACCCUUUCAAAUUAGCUAUAUAACGUGUUGUAGUAAAUUGACAGCUCUAAUUGCUUUGAAGUAAUGAUUGGGUAAGAACACAAGGUCUUGUACUCAUGGAACAAAACUCAAAGAAAUAAAAAUUAGAAAAUUUAAAAGAAAUACAGUAUUCCUUGUGUUCUUACCCAACCAUUAAUUCAAAGCAAUUAGAACUGUCAAAUUACUACAAUACCUUAUAGCUGAUUUGAAUUUGAAAGGGUUCACUUUUUUUUUAGACACACUGUAUAAAUACCAUACUAAUUUUUAUCAUUUGACGUUUUCUAACUUUAAACCUUGCAACAUACAUGCAUGUUUAUCUAGAACAAGUUUCAAUAUUAAAUAUCGUACCUUCAUCACAGGGUUUGACAGUUUAUUUGAUUUUCCUGCCGAUGAACCGGAGGAUGACCCCGAUAUUUUGGAAGAUCCUAUAUACAGUAUGGAUAUCCAGGUAAACACUUCAAUAUAAGUCUACAAUAGUUUACAUGUAGUGCCUGUGACACGCACGCAUUCGUAACAUUGUCGUCUGAGGAACUCUCGUGUAUUAUACUGUUUCAAAUCUACUUCAGAACCGUCCUCAAAAAUACGAAAAACUAGUUUCAUAUUAUUCUGACACUGCAGGGUACAACAAAAUAUGAAACUAGUUUUUCAUUUCUCUGUGGAUGGUUCAGAAGUGGAAUGGAAACACUGCAUGCUUCAUGCUCUUCAAGACAAGCGUUAAGUUAAGACAAGCGCGAAAAUAUUUCGUGCACAUAAAUUGGAUAAGACCAUUGAACUAUAGAAGUAAACUGGAAUGCUAACUCCUAUGAUAAAGGCCUAUGAUUGGUUGAAGCCGACGCGCGCGUAAUCAGCUUUCAAAAGGACUAAGGAGUUUCGAGGAGUGAUAAAAAUUUUCAGUCAAAAGUUUGUUUUUCAACAAAAAUUUACAAGGAAAACACUUUUUUCCAUGGGAAUACUACAAUGAUUGGGAUUCAAACCUGGUUUUCCGAUUAGUUCCGACUGUUUUAUUUUACAUCUAUCUGCAGCAAAAAGUGAGGAAAAGCAAAAGGUUUUAAUGUUGUAUUUUGAAAAACAUAACGAAAAUUUGGACGUACCGAAGGAAACUUCGCUCUUCAACUAAAAAAAUACACUAUAAAACAUUUUGACAGUCCCAAAACUUAUUUUGUUCUAACCUCCAGGGGCCGGUUGUACGAAGGUUGGAUAGCGCUAUCCACCGGACAGUGAUUUUUCAACUUUUGUAAAAUGCUUGAAAAACUAUGAAACUACGGAUAUAGACGACACAAGAAGUAUAAAAAGACAUUUAACUUAUAAAUUAUACUAAACUUUAAUAUGAGUUAUACCAGUCAACGACUGAUUUAACAAAGCUUGAAAAAAUCAGUAUCCGGUGGAUAGCGCUAUCCGGCCUUGGUACAACCGGCCCCAGGUAUUGUUCAUUAUCCUGAGCUUUUUUAAGGACGGCUUCAAUCCCCCCCCUGACCUAUCAUUCCAGUUUCCCAAUAUAGUUCAAUGGAUAAGAAAUGGUGUUCAUCUAAUCCCAAGGGAUUCCAAGAAAAAAGAGGUUUUUGCAAUGUUAGGUGAAAUUAGAAUUGCGUACAGGGAAAAAUACUUUUCAAAAUUCAUACUAAAACAACUUGAACAAUUAUUCGCCUCAAGCUCGGUGAUUAUCGGGGAAUAUUCACCUCGACUUCGUCUCGGUGAACUUUCCCCGAUAUACACCUCGCCUUAGGCGAAUAAUUGUUAAAUAACAAUUAAUCAUAAUUCGUAAUUAUUAAUGCUUCGGUCCCUAAUCGCCAUGCAUAUUUUUACACAAGUGUUUUGUGGGACUGAAUUUAUUCUAAUUUAUGCUUAUUUCUUUAUCAUGCGGUAACUUCCACAAAACGGCUAACCGCCAUUUUGCAAAUUUUGGUUCUGUUCACUGAUAUGGUUCUGUUACAUUCACCUGUGGGUGAAUGUAACAGCUUAAUACGUCAAAUUUGACCAUUUGUAGGAUUUGUUAUAUUCACCUGUGCAAAAAUACUAAUAAUAUUUAUCAAAGAAGUUAAGUUGGUUUCUUCAAUUUAUUUUAGAACUAUCUUCUCGAGUUUCUUCGGGCUUUCUCAGGACAUCCUUCAUUCCCCUCAUUCAACAAUGAACUGAAUACACAUGAAAGUCAAACUUUAAAAACAGCAGGAAUAAUCCAGUAGUCAGUCAAAUAAACUUUACAAAUAUCUACUACAUCCGACAUGUAUAUAAGUAGGAAAAAUGAAUGUAAUUGUUUUAUAAUUAAGAAUAAAUUAUUAAAUGUCUAUUUUAUCCUACGUGCAGUCUGGUAAUUGACCUUGAUUCACUCUAUUCCACAUUACUGCUAAUAAUAAGGUGAAUAAGUUGCGCUAGGCUUCAAACAACGUAUAUCAAUUAUACAAGCUAGAGAAAAAAAAUAUGGUGAAGAAUUUGCGCUAGGCUUCAAACAACGAGCAAGUGGUCUAGUGCUAACGACUACAUGCUGUGUAAUGUACCAUUGUGGUUUUUGUGACUUGAAAUGUGUCGAAUAUAAUUACACAAGCUAGAGAGAAAAAAGGAGGUCCAUAAGCUUGCGAUAGGCUUCAAACAACGAGCAAAUGGCUACUUGUAAAGACUACAGGCUAUGCAAUGUCACAGAACGCCCGGGAUAAAUUGACUACCUACCAGCUGUGGUUCAAGUCCUACAGAAGUCAUUUUGUGACUUGAAAUGUGUCGAAUAUUAAUAAUACAAGCUAUAGAAAAAAUAUCAGGUGAGUAAGUUACGAUAGGCUUUCAAAGACGAGUAAGUGGUCUAGUGGUAAGGACUACAGACUGUGUAUUACAAUGGUACACCAUUGGGUCAUUCCAGAAAACAUCCAUACCACCCCCACAGAGGAAAUUGGAAGUUAACCCCCCCCCCCCUACCCCCUUUGAAUGUCCUAAUACAUUUACUAUUAUCAGAAACAAUUUUGUCUCCCCUCCCCCUCCGGACGGCAGAAAUUUUCUCCGUGGGGGGAGUGUGGAUCUUUUCUGGAACGACCCAUUGUGGUUCAAGUCAUACAGAAGUCAUUUUGGGAUUGGAGAAUGGUUGAAUUAUAAUUAGAGAAGCUAGAGAAAAAAUAAUGUGAAUAAGUUGCGAUGAAGUGGUCUAGUGAUAAAGUCUGCAGGCUGCGUAAUCAACCAGUUGUGGUUCAAGUCCUGCAUGGGCCAUUUUGUGAUUUGAAAAUGGUUGAUUUUCAUUUGUACAAGCUAUACAAAAAAGGUGUAGGUGAAUAAGUUGCAAUAGGCUUCCAAAACGAGCAUGUUGUCUAAUGGUAAAGACUACACGCUGUGUAAUGAAGUCCUACAAAAGUCAUUUUGUGACUUGAAAUGUGUCCAGCUCAAGGUAGAGAAAGCAGGCCUAGGUGAAGGACAAGGUUCCUCACGCCGAGGACAAGGUUCCUCACGCUUAGGACAAGGUUCCUCACGCUGAGGACAAGCUUCCUCACGCUGACGACAAGGUUCCACACACUGAGGACAAGGCUCCUCACGCUGAGGAGAAGAUUCCUCACGCUCAGGACAAGGAUUCUCACGCUGAAGACAAGGUUCCACACGCUGAGGACAAUGUUCCUCACGCCGAGGACAACGUUGCUCACGCCAAGGACAAGGUUCCUCACGCUUCGGAUAAGGUUCCUCAUGCUGAGGACAAGGUUCCUCACGCUGAGGACAAGGUUCCUCACGCUGCGGACAAGGUUCCUCACGCUGAGGACAAGGUUCUUAACGCUGAGGACAAGGUUCCUCACGCUGAGGAGAAGGUUCCUCACGCAGAGGACAAGGUUCCUCACGUUGACGACAAGGUUCCUCAAGCUGCGAACAAGGAUCCUCACGCUGAGAACAAGGUCCCUCACGCUGAGGAAAAGGUUCUUAACGCUGAGGAAAAGGUUCCUCACGCUGACGACAAGGUUCCUCACGCCGAGGACAAUGUUCCUCACGCUGAGGACAAGCUUCCUAAUGCUGACGACAACGUUCCUCACGCUGAGUAUAAGGUUCCUCACGCUGAGGACAACGUUCCUCACGCUGGGGAGAAGGUUCAUCACGCUGAAGACAAGGACCCUCACGCUGAGGAUAAGGUUUCUCACGCUGAGGGCAAGGUUCCUCACGUUGAAGACAAGGUUCCUCCCGCUGAGGACAGGGUUCCUAACGCUGAAGACAAGGUUGCUGACGCCGAGGACAAUGUUCCUCACGCUGAGGACAAGGUUCCUCACGUUGAAGACAAGGUUCCGCACGCUGAGGUCAAGGUGCCUCACGCUGAGGACAAGGUUCCUCAAGCUGAGGACAAGGUUCCUCACGCUGAGGCCAAGGUUCUUCACGAGGAGGAGAAGCUUCCUCACGCUGAGGACAAAUUUCCUCACGCUGAGUACAAGGUUCCUCACGCUGAGGAAAAGGUUCCUCACGCUCAGCACAAGGUUCCUCACGUUGAAGAAAAGGCUCCUCACGCUGAGGACAAGGUUCCUCACGCUGAGGACAAGGUUCCUAGCGCUGAAGACAAGGUUCCUCACGCUGAGGACAAGGUUCCUCACGCUGAGGACAAGGUUUCUCACCCUGAACACAAGGUUCCUCGCGCUGAGGACAAGAUUCCUCACUCUGAGGACAAGGUUCCUAACGCUGAAGACAAAGUUCCUCUCGCUGAGGACAAGGUUCCUCACACUGAGCACAAGGUUCAUCAUGCUGAGGAGAAGGUUCCUCACGCUGAGGACAAGGUUCCUCACAUCCGAGGACAACGUUCCUCACGCCGAGGACAAGGUUCCUCACGCUGUGGACAAGUUUCCUCACGUUGAAGACAAGGUUCCUAACGCUGAGGAGAAGGUUCCUCGCGCUGAGGACAAUGUUUCUCACGCUGAAGACAAGGUUCCUCACGCUGAGGACAAGGUUCCUCACGCUGAGGACAAGGUUCCUCACGUUGAAGACAAUGUUCAUCACGCUGAGGACAAGGUUCCUCACGCUGAGGACAAGGUUCCUCACGUCGAGUGCAAGUUUCCCCACGCCAAGUGCAAGGUUCCUCACCCCGAGGACAAGCUUCCACACGUUGAAGACAAGGUUCCUCACGCUAGGGACAACGUGCCUCACGCUGAGGACAAGCUUCCUGACGCUGAGGACAAGGUUCCACACGCUGAGGACAAGGUUCUUCACGCUGAGGACAAGGCUCCACCCGCUGAGGUCAAGGUUUCUCGCUGUGAAGACAAGGUUCCAGACGAUGAAAAGAAGGCUCCUCACGCUUCGGAUAGGGUUCCUCACGCUGAAGACAAGGUUCCUCACGCUGAGGACAAGAUUCCUCACGUUGAACACAAGGUUCCUCACGCUGACGACAAGGUUCCUCAGGCCGAGGGCAAGGUUCCUUACGCUUAGGAUAAGGUUCCUCCCGCUGAGGACAAAGUUCCUCACGCUGAGGACAAGGUUCCUCACGCUGAGGACAAGGUUCCUCACGCUGCGAACAAGGUUCCUCUCGCUGAGGACAAGGUUCUUAACGCUGAGGACAAGGUUCCUCACGCUGAGGAGAAGGUUCCUCACGCAGGGAACAAGGUUCCUCACGCUGACGACAAGGUUCUUCACGUUGAGGACAAGGUUCCUCACGCUGAGGACAAGGUUCCUCACGCUGCGGAAAAGGGUCCUCACGCUGAGGACAAGGUUCCUUACGCUGAGGACAAGGUCCUUAACGCUGAGGACAAAGUUCCUCACACUGAGGACAAGGUUCUUCACGCUGAGGACAAGGUUCCUCACGCUGACGACAAGCUUCCGCACGCCGAGGACAAGGUUCCUAACGCAGAGAACAAGGUUCUUGACGCUUAGGAUAAGGUUCCUCACGCUGAGAACAAGAUUCCUCACGCUGAGGACAAGGUUCCUCACGCCGAAGACAAGGUUCCUCACGCUUAGGACAAGGUUCCACACUCUGAGGACAAGGUUGCUCACGCUGAGGAAAAGAUUCAUCACGCUGACAACAAGCUUCCUCACGCUGAGGACAACGUUGCUCACGCUGAGGACAAGGUUUUCACGCUGAGGGCAAGGUUCCUCACGCUGAGGACAAGGUUCCUCACGCUGAAGACAAGUUUCCUCACGUUGAAGACAAGGUUCCUAACGCUGAGGACAAGGUUCCUCACGCUGAGGACAAAGUUUCUCACGCUGAAGACAAGGUUUCUCCCGCUGAGGACAAGGUUCCUCGCGCCGAGGACAAGGUUCCUUACGCUGAGGACAAGGUUCCACACGCUUAGGAAAAGUUCCUCACGCUGAGGACAAGGUUCCUCACGCUUAGGACAAGGUUCCUCACGAUGCAGACAAGGUUCCUCACGCUGAGGACAAGGUUCCUCACGCUGAGGACAAGGUUCUUAACGCUGAGGACAAGGUUGCUCACGCUGAGGACAAGGUUCCUCAAGCCGAUUACAAGGUUCCUUACGCAGAGAGCAAGGCUCUGCACGCUUAGGAUAAGGUUCCUCACGCUGAGGACAAGGUUCCUCACGCUGAGGACAAGGUUCCACGAGCUUAGGACAAGGUUCCUCACGCUGAGGUCAAGGUUCCUCACGCUGAGGACAAGGCUCCACCCGCUGAGGACAAGGUUUCUCACUGUGAAGACAAGGUUCCUCAUGAUGAAAAGAAGGCUCCUCACGCCUCGGAUAGGGUUCCUCACGCUGAGGACAAGGUUCCUCACGCUGAGGACAAGAUUCCUCACGUUGAACACAAGGUUCCUCACGCUGCGGACAAGGUUCUUCACGCUGAGCACAAGGUCCCUCACGCUGAGGAAAAGGUUCUUAACGCUGAGGACAAGGUUCCUCACGCUGACGACAAGCUUCCUCACGCCGAGGGCAAGGUUCCUUACGCAGAGAACAAGGUUCUUCCCGCUUAGGAUAAGGUUCCUCCCACUGAGGACAAGGUUCCUCACGCUGAGGACAAGGUUCCUCACGCUGAGGACAAGGUUCCUCACGCUGCGGACAAGGUUCCUCUCGCUGAGGACAAGGUUCUUAACGCUGAGGACAAGGUUCCUCACGCUGAGGAGAAGGUUCCUCACACUGGGAACAAGGUUCCUCACGCUGACGACAAGGUUCCUCACGCUCAGGACAAGGUUCCUCACGCUGAGGACAAGGUUCCUCACGCUGCGGAAAAGGUCCUCACGCUGAGGACAAGGUUCCUUACGCUGAGGACAAGGUCCUUAACGCUGAAAACAAGGUUCCUCACGCUGAGAACAAGGUUCCUCAGGCUGAGGACCAGGUUCCUCACGCUGACGACAAGGUUCCGCACGCCGAGGACAAGGUUCCUUACGCAGAGAACAAGGUUCUUAACGCUUAGGAUAAGGUUCCUCACGCUGAGAACAAGAUUCCUGACGCUGAGGACAAGGUUCCUCACGCCGAAGACGAGGUUCCUCACGCUUAGGACAGGGUUCCACACUCUGAGGACAAGGUUGCUCACGCUGAGGAAAAGGUUCAUCACGCUGAAAACAAGGUUCCUCACGCUGAGGACAACGUUGCGCACGCUGAGGACAAGGUUUCUCACGUUGAGGGCAAGGUUCCUCACGCUGAGGACAAGGUUCCUCACGCUGAAGACAAGUUUCCUCGCGUUGAAGAGAAGGUUCCUAACGCUGAGGACAAGGCUCCUCACGCUGAAGGCAAGGUUUCUCACGCUGAAGACAAGGUUUCUCCCGCUGAGGAAAGGUUCCUCACGCUGAGGAGAAGGUUCCUCACGCUGCGGAAAAGGGUCCUUACCCUGAGGACAAGGUUCCUUGCGCUGAGGACAAGGUCCUUAACGCUGAGGACAAGGUUCCUCACGCUGUGGACAAGGUUCUUAACGCUGAGGACAUGGUUCCUCACGCUAGGGACAGGGUUCCUCACGCUGAGGACAAGUUUCUCUCACGUUGAAGACAAGGUUCCUAACGCUGAGUAUAAGGUUCCUCACGCCGAGGACAAGGUUUCUGACGCUGAAGACAAGGUUUCUUACGCAGAGGACAAGGUUCGUCGCACCGAGGACAAGGUUCCUCACGCUGAGGACAACGUUGCUCACGCUGAGGACAAGGUUGCUCACGCUGAACACAAGGUUCUUCACGCUGAGGACAAGUUUCCUCACUUUGAAGACAAGGUUCCUAACGCUGAGGAGAAAGUUCCUCACGCUGAGGGCAAGGUUUCUCACGCUGAAGACAAGGUUUCUCACGCUGAGGACAAGGUUCCUCGCGCCGAGGAGAAGGUUCCUCACCCUGAGGACAUUGUUCCUCACCUUGACCACAAGGUUCCUCAAGCUGCGAACAAGGAUCCUCACGCUGAGAACAAGGUCCCUCACGCUGAGGAAAAGGUUCUUAACGCUGAGGAAAAGGUUCCUCACGCUGACGACAAGGUUCCUCACGCCGAGGACAAGGUUCCUUACGCAGAGAACAAGGAUCCUCACGCUUAGGAUAAGGUUAUUUACGCUGAGGACAAGGUUCCUCACACUGAGGACAAGGUUCCUCACGCCGAGGGCAAAAUUCCUCACGCUUACGACAAGGUUCCUCAUGCUGAGGACAAUGUUGCUCAGGCUGAGGACAAGGUUGCUCACGCUGACGACAAGGUUCUUCACGCUGAGGACAAGGUUCCACACUCUGAGGACCAGGUUCCGCACUCUGAGGAAAAGGUUCCUCACGCUGAGGACAAGGUUUCUCACUCUGAGGACAAGGUUCCUCACGCUGAGGACAAGGUUCCUAACGCUGACGACAAGGUUCCUCAAGCUGAGGACAAGGUUUCUAACGCUGAAGACAAGGUUCCUCACGCUGCGGUUAAGGUUCCUCACGCUGAGGACAAGGUUCCUCACGCUGAGGAAAAGCUUCCUCACGCAGAGGACAAGGUUGCUCACGCUGAGGACAAGGUUCCUAACGCUGAAGACAAGGUCCCUCACGCUGAGGAUAAGGUUCCCCACGCUGAGGACAAGGUCCCUCACGUUGAAGACAAGGUCCCUCCCGCUGAGGACAAGGUUCCUAACGCUGAAGACAAGGUUCCUCACACCGAGGACAAUGUUCCUGACGCUAGGGACAAGGUUCCUAAUGCUGACGACAACGUUCCUCACGCUGAGGAUAAAGUUCCUCACGCUGAGGACAACGUUCCUCACGCUGGGGAGAAGGUUCAUCACGCUGAGGACAAUCUUUCUCACGCUGAGGACAAGGUUCCUAACGCUCAAGACAAGGUCCCUCACGCUGAGGAUAAGGUUUCUCACGCUGAGGACAAAUUUCCUCACGUUGAAGACAAGGUUCCUCACGCUGAGGACAAGGUUCCUCAAGCUGCGAACAAGGAUCCUCACGCUGAGAACAAGGUCCCUCACGCUGAGGACCUCACGCUGAGAACAAGGUCCCUCACGCUGAGGAAAAGGUUCUUAACGCUGAGGACAAGGUUCCUCACGCUGACGACAAGGUUCCUCACGCUGAGGAUAAGGUUUCUCACGCUGAGGACAAGGUUCCUCACGUUGAAGACAAGGUUUCUCACGCUGAGGACAAGGUUCCUCGCGCCGAGAACAAGGUUCCUCACCCUGAGGACGUUGUUCCUCACGUUGACCACAAGGUUCCUCAAGCUGCGAACAAGGAUAAAG